CCGUCGCCGUUAAAGCGGAGCUAUCAUGGCGGAGCGCGUACAGCAGCCCCCGGCCAAGCGGCUCUGCUGUCGGCCGGGCUACAACUCGACGUGUAGGCAAGGCCAGCGGGCCGCGGGGGCGCCGUGCGGCGGCUCGACGUCCACCCAGGGCGAAUCGAGCAAGACCCAGAACCCGGAGACUCUCCUGGACAUCGCGGCGAGGAAAGUCGCGGAGAAGUGGCCGUUUCAGAGGGUCGAGGAGCGGUUCGAGCGGAUCCCGGAGCCCGUUCAGCGGCGGAUCGUUUAUUGGUCGUUCCCGAGGAGCGAGCGGGAGAUCUGCAUGUAUUCGUCGUUUAACACCGGCGGGGAGGAGGUCGGAAGCGGCGGCGGCGGUGGUGGUGGUGGAGGAGGAGGAGGAGGCGGCGGGGACAGCGGCGACGAGACCCGGCUGCCGUUCCGACGGGGCAUCGCUCUGCUGGAGAGCGGCUGCGUGGACAACGUACUGCAAGUCGGGUUCCACCUCAGCGGCACAGUUAGGGAACCCGCCACGGCCUCGGAGCCGGAGCUGGUCUGCAACGUGAGCGUCAGCUUCGACCGCUGCAAAAUCACAGCGGUAACCUGCAGCUGCGGCAACAAGGACAUCUUCUACUGCGCCCACGUCGUGGCGCUUUCGCUGUACCGGGUACGGAAGCCCGAGCAGGUCAAGCUGCGCCUGCCCAUCUCAGAGACUCUAUUCCAGAUGAACAGAGAUCAGCUGCAGAAGUUCGUUCAGUACCUGAUCACGGUGCAUCACACCGAGGUGCUGCCGACCGCACAGAAACUGGCCGAUGAAAUCCUGUCACAGAACUCAGAGAUCAACCAGGUCCACGGAGCUCCGGAUCCGACGGCGGGCGCCAGCGUGGACGACGAGAACUGCUGGCAUCUGGAUGAAGAGCAAGUUCAGGAACAGGUCAAGCUCUUUCUCUCCCAGGGCGGGUACCAUGGCUCGGGAAAGCAGCUCAACUUACUGUUCAGCAAGGUGAGAGAGAUGCUGAAGAUGAGGGACUCCAACGGCGCUCGCAUGUUAACGCUGAUCACAGAGCAGUUCAUGGGCGACCCCCGACUGGCGCUGUGGAGGCAACAGGGAACCACCAUGACUGACAAGUACAGGCAGCUGUGGGACGAACUAGGCGCCCUGUGGAUGUGCAUCGUGCUGAACCCCCACUAUAAGCCCGAGCAGAAGGGUUUCUGGCUUCGACAGCUUCGCAGGUGGAACAGCGUGGACGUCUGCCCCUUGGAGGACGGUAACCAUGGCAGCGAGCUGACCAAUCUGACCAACGCUCUGCCCCAGGGCCCUCCUGGAAACCCAGAUUCACUGACGCGUCCUCACCGGACGGUGUUCACGCGGGCGAUCGAGGCCUGCGACCUGCACUGGCAGGACCCCCACCUGCAGCACAUCAUCACCGAGGACCACUACACCAACUACUGUUACCAUGACAACCUCGACAGCUCCCUCUUCGACGCCCGAGGGUGGCCCCUGUGGCACGAACACGUGCCGACGGCGUGCGCCCGGGUGGACGCGCUGAGAUCACACGGUUACCCCAAGGAAGCACUCAGACUGGCCAUCGCUAUAGUGAACACCCUGCGGAGGCAACAGCAGAAACAGCUGGAGUUCUUCCGAGCUCACAAAAAAGAGCUGCUCCAUAAAGGCAUCACGUCAGUCACCAACCUGGAGGGUUGGGUGGGCCACCCUCUGGACCCCAUCGGCACGCUGUUCAGCACCCUCAUGGAGACGGGGCGGGGCAGCGAGGACGGCGCAACGGCCCUGCUCGACUUCUCAGGCUCGCCGGGUGCAGGUAGGAGGACGGAGCAUCCUGUUUUCCCGGCGCAGCGUUUCCUGGAGGAAGGAGAGACGUUCGUGUCGCUGGCUGUGGAGACGGCUCUGAUUGGUUUAGGGCAGCAGAGGGUGAUGCCAGACGGCCUUUACGCCCAGGAGAAAGUGUGUCGCAACGAAGAGCAGCUAUUGGCCAGGCUUCAGGAAGUCAAUUUGGACGACACGUUGGUGAAGAUCUUCCGGAAACAAGCUGCCAUCCUGCUAGAGGCUGGUCCUUACAGUGGUCUGGGGGAGUUGCUCUACAGAGAAAGCGUCCCCAUGCACACUUUUGCCAAGUAUCUCUUCACCUCCCUGCUACCUCAUGACGCCGAACUGGCGUACAAAAUUGCACUGAGGGCCAUGCGGUUGCCGGUCCUGGAGUCCACGGCCCCCUCCGGUGACUUGUCUCGGCCUCACCAUAUAGUGUCAGUGGUGCCCAACCGCCUCCCUCGCUGGUUCACUCUCAGCCACAUAGAGACCCAACAGUGUGAACUGGCCUCCACCAUGCUCACUGCUGCUAAAGGCGAUGCUCGUAAGCUAGAAACAGUGUUAGAGUCCAUCCAGAAGAACAUCCACUCCGCAUCCCACAUCUUCAAACUGGCCCAGGAUGCCUUCAAAAUCGCCACCCUCAUGGACAGCCUGCCGGACAUCACGCUGCUCAAAGUCUCCCUGGAGCUGGGUCUUCAGGUGAUGAGAAUGACGCUGUCUACCUUGAACUGGCGGAGGAGGGAGAUGGUGCGAUGGCUGGUCACUUGUGCUACUGAGGCUGGUGUGUUUGCGUUGGACAGCAUCAUGCAGAGCUGGUUCACCCUCUUCACCCCGACCGAAGCCACGAGCGUCGUGGCUAGCACGGUCAUGUCCAACAGCACCAUUGUCCGCCUGCAUCUGGACUGCCAUCAGCAGGAGAACCUGGCCAACUCCGCCCGCACCCUGGCCCUGCAGUGUGCCAUGAAGGACCCUCAAAACUGUGCCCUCUCGGCGCUGACACUCUGCGAGAAGGACCACAUUGCCUUCGAGACAGCCUAUCAGAUUGUACUGGACGCGGCCGCCACGGGAAUGAACUACACACAGCUGUUUACAAUAGCGCGCUACAUGGAGCACCGUGGUUAUCCUAUGAGGGCGUACAAACUCGCAACGUUAGCCAUGACUCACCUGAACCUCAGCUACAACCAAGACACACACCCGGCGAUCAACGACGUGCUCUGGGCUUGCGCCCUCAGCCACUCGCUGGGGAAAAACGAACUGGCGUCCGUCAUCCCCCUGGUGGUGAAGAGCGUCAAGUGUGCCACCGUCUUGUCGGACAUUUUGCGGCGGUGCACACUAACGACGCCGGGCAUGGUGGCGCUGCACAGUCGCAGGAACUCUGGGAAGCUGAUGCCUCUGGACAAGGCUCCACUCAGGCAGCUACUGGACGCCACGAUCGGGGCUUACAUCAACACGACGCACUCUCGGCUGACGCACAUCAGCCCGCGCCACUACAGCGAGUUCAUCGAGUUCCUCAGCAAAGCCAGAGAGACGUUUCUCAUGGCGCACGACGGACACAUCCAGUUCACACAGUUCAUAGACAACCUGAAACAGAUAUACAAGGGCAAGAAGAAACUCAUGAUGCUCGUUCGAGAGAGAUUUGGUUGAAAGAGGAUCAAAUCGCCCUUUUUUUUUUUUUCUUGAGUCUCUUUUUUUGUUUUAAUCCUUUCUAACUUGAAGUGAAAAUCCUCCUAAAACAACGUUCAUGCAAAUCUUAUUCCUAUGAUUUGGCACCGCUGGGUCGAAUGUGACGAUGAACACGAUUUCCUGAAGGAAAAUAAUUAGCGGUGAUUAUUCACAGUGAAUAUUUCCCUUUUCCAUUGUGUACCAAGCAUGAGCACAGACGGACUUCUUGGUUGAUUUUGUUUUUGUUUUUGUGUUGGAAUAGAAAGCCCAUGACGAUAGGAAUGAGACAUGAAAUGUGUUUUAGGGUAAAUUUUCUCCUAAAAAUGACAAGUUUGAAAUUGAAGAAGAUAAAAAAAACAACACUGUAAACCAUAAAAGCAACAGCUGGUAUUGAUGUGUAUAAAAAACCAUUACGGAAGGAGAGAACUGUUGAAUUCGUGGAAGUUUGUGUGUUUCCCUUUAUAUGUAUGAAAGCGAGAGAGUAAGAGUUUUACACUGAGUAUAUACUGUAUUGUCCAGUGGCAAAAUGUCCACCUUUGCACUCCUCCUACUUCCCUCAGCUAACGUUCACAGCCUCAAAGAGAAGACAAAACGGCUUUAAACCAAAUGGAGCAACUCCAUCUGAAGUGACAAGUACCUCUUUUUAAAAAGGAUCCAGCUUUACUCUCCCCCCCUCCCAAAACCACCUUGCACCAUCGAGUCCUCGCUCAUCUGCUCUGUGAAGUAAACGGGGGGAUAAACCCUCCAAAUUCACCAUCAGAAUUAAUUUCCUGGGUUUUCUUUUCCGCCAUCUUCAGGCUUGAUUGUUUUUGGCUUUGCAGUGUUUGUCUCAAACAUUCAGUUAUGUUUAAUUUCUACGGACACAUUUGUCACAGAACUGUCACAGCGCUCGCUCUUGUGGAAAAACUUGGCAACAUACAUUCUCAGGGAUUUCUCUAAAGAAAGAAAAAAAAAAAGCAGACAAAAAAAGAAGACAAAAGAGAGAACAAAAGCAUUUUAUUGUCCUGUAUAUAUGAAAGUAUAUGUCUGAAUAUUGAAAAAAAAAUGUAUAUGUUAACUAAUUUAUGACAGAAUAUUCUAUGUAAGGCACAAUACUUGAAGCUGCAGUACUUUGGUUUUUUGAAACAAGUUGAAAAAAUUUUAAAAAAACAUAUCAGAAGGACUUUUAAAACAAAAAAGAAAGAAAGAAAGAAAGAAAGAAAACGAAAGAAAACGCCUUGCAUUGCAUCAAGGGCCAGUUCAAACAGUAGUACAGGAACGCGCCGGCUGCUCGGGCUCUGCAGACAUGUAAUGAGCUGCAGAAAACUGGCCGGUUGUAAGACGGGAAGUGGACAUGCAAAGUGCGUAUUCUCCUGAAAACAGGAGGAGGAUUGUAGGAGUCGGAGAAAGAGACGACUGUGGAGGCAGCAGCAGCGGCGACAUAAGAGCUGGCAACUGCUGCGAUAUUCCAGUGGAGGGAAAUCUGCCCCUCGUGUCUCCUCACAAAACAAAGCUCUGUUUUUUAACGCCCCCAAAAAUGUCCUCUUCUUCUGACAUCUCGACUUUGUGCAGGACAGAAAGUUGCUCUAUACUGUAGGUCUCGACUGUUCCGCCUUUUUUGUGUUUGUUUUUUAUUUAAUUUCUCCUCCUCCUCUUCCUCCUUCAGUUCAAUUUGUUUUAAUUUCUCUCUCUAGAAUUCCUCACACAAGAACAGCCUUCUUUCUUGCCUUGUCUUAAUGCUUUAAAAUAACCAAAUGGGAGUUCUAACUACCAAACCUUUUUUCAUACGCCCGACCGACUUUGGUUACAACCUGUUAGUGUCUUUAAUUUUUUGGUUUUUUAGCUGAACUGGCUCUGUAUUCUGUGCUUUAAAAGCUCGUUUCAUCUGUUAUUUCAGUGUCGUCUCUUGUUCGUUCCCUCAUUAGAGGUUUGUUAGUAAGCUCCUUUUUUUUGUUUUAGAAAAUAUGCUCCCUUUUUUUAUUUAUUACGUUAGGUAAAAAUGAUUGUACAACCAUGUCAACAUGCUCAUGAAGUUGAAACUAAGAUUUGAUACACUGAUCAAUUUAUUUAUGUAACUAAAAAAUCACUGUUUUAUAAACUUGUUAAUGAAUCAACAUUUUGUUUUGAUUAAAUUUCGUUUUUUUGAGAGGA